UUAUGUUCGAAUGUAGUCAUAUUGCUGUUCAUGGUUGAAAUCAGCCAAUGCUUACAUGACUUUUCUGCGAACUCUUGUCAGCAUUCACUAUCUUUCAACAGCAUCCUGCAGCCUAAACAGCUGCAUGAGCUUGGGGAAACGUGUGGUGACUGUUGUUGCGCAAGGCCGGCGGGGCAAAUCUCUUUUCCAUCUGUUGCGUUAGGCUCUCAACAUGCCAAAGAAAUCAAAGAAGAAGGAUGAUUGGCCAGAAGAUGAUGAUGUUGACAACAUCUCUUCCAAAGUUGCCUCCACCAAGCUGGAUGAUGAGCAGUCUGCUCCUGCAAAGGCAUCCAAGAAGAAGAGUAAGAAAAUGGCCAUGCUUGCUGAUCUAGCAGCAGAAAGGGAAACUUCUGCAGCAGAGCCAGCGAAAUCAGAAAGUGCUCCAAAGAGCGAUAAAGCUGAAAAGAAAUUGAAGAGUGCUUCCAAUGGCAAAGCCAAACCAGAGCCCAAAGUUGAGAAGGAGGCCAAAGCUGAGAAGAAGGAAGCCAAAGCCCCGCGGGCCUGCGUGCGGCCAGCCGGCGCGGACGAUGAGGACGAGUCGAGAUAUCUCUUCGACGACGAUGAUCGCCCACCAGAGGAACCAGAGAAGCAAGAUGAGGAGGAUUCAGAUAUGAAGGGUCUUUCAAGAAAAGAGAAGAAAAAGCUGAAGAAGAAGCUCGAGCUGGAGGAGCAGAUUGAGAGUAUGACCCGGAAGGGCGGCCAGGGCGGCUCGUCGCUCGACUCCAACUUCACCGUCUCACAGGCGGACAAGUCGUCGGCGCGACAGGCGCAGAUGGAGAAUGCCGUCGACAUCAAGGUGGAGUCGUUCAGUAUAUCGGCUCGCGGCAAGGACCUGUUUGUCAACGCCAGUCUGAUGAUCGCCCAGGGCCGGCGGUACGGCCUCAUCGGACCGAACGGCCACGGAAAGACCACCCUGCUGAGACACAUUCAGAACAGGGUCCUGAACAUUCCACCCAACAUCGACGUUCUCUACUGUGAACAGGAAGUGGUGGCGGAUGACACUCCGGCGGUGCAGGUGGUGCUGAACGCCGACGAGAAGCGCUGCUCGCUGCUCAAGGAGAAGGAGGAGCUGGAGAAGAAACAGUCGGCCGGCGACAUGUCCGUCAUGGAUAGACUCAACCAGGUGUACGACGAGCUUAGGACGAUCAAGGCCGAUGCCGCCGAGCCCAAGGCCCGGCGCAUUCUCAGUGGUCUGGGCUUCUCCAGGGCCAUGCAGAAUCGAGCCACGAAGAACUUCUCGGGAGGUUGGCGUAUGCGUGUGUCGCUGGCGCGUGCCCUGUUCAUCGAGCCGACCCUGCUGAUGCUGGACGAACCGACCAACCAUUUGGACCUGAACGCCUCUAUCUGGCUGGACAACUACCUGCAGGGGUGGAAGAAGACACUGCUGGUCGUGUCUCACGACCAGAGUUUCCUGGACAACGUCUGCACGGACGUCAUCCACCUGGACGCGCUGAAGCUCUACUACUACCGCGGCAACUACUCCAUGUUCAAGAAGAUGUUGCUGCAGAAGCGCAAGGAGCAAAUGAAGGCCUGGGAGCGACAGGAGAAGCGCAUCAAGGAGAUGAAGCAGUCCGGUACCAGCAAAAAGGCGGCGGAGAAGAAGGAGAAGCAGCAGCUCAGUCGGAAGCAGGAGAAGAACAAGUCCAAGGCCGAGCAGGCUGACGAGGACACGGGACCGACGGAGUUGCUGCAGCGGCCGCAGGACUACUUCGUCAAGUUCCGCUUCCCCGAGCCGCCCCCGCUGCAGCCGCCCAUCCUCGGAAUGUACAACGUCGACUUCCGUUACAACGAGACGGCGCCGCUGCUGAUCAAAAAGUGCGACUUUGGCGUGGACAUGUCAUCCCGUAUCGCCAUCGUCGGCCCGAACGGCGUCGGCAAGUCGACCUUCCUGAAACUUCUCACCAAGCAGAUCGAGCCGACGCGCGGCGAGGUGAAGAAGAACCACCGGCUGCGGAUUGGAACGUUCAGCCAGCACAGCGGCGAGCAGCUCACUGCCGAGGAGACGCCCACAGAGUAUCUGAUGCGGCUCUUCAACCUGACCUACCAGGAGGCGCGGAAAAACCUGGGCACCUUCGGACUGGCCAGCCACGCGCACACCAUCAAAAAUAAGGACCUGAGUGGCGGUCAGAAGGCGCGAGUGGCCAUGGCCGAGCUGUGUCUGAUGGCGCCCGACGUUCUGGUCAUGGACGAGCCGACCAACAACCUGGAUAUCGAGUCCAUCGAGGCGCUGGCCGACGCCAUCAACCACUACGACGGAGGAGUCGUGAUCGUGACUCACGACGAGCGUCUGAUCCGAGAGUGCGACUGUACGCUGUACAGUCUCGAAGACGGACAAAUGCAGGAGAUGGAUGGAGACUUCGACGACUACCGCCGUGAGCUGCUCGAGAGCCUGGGAGAGGAGAUCAACAGCCCGAGUAUCGCGGCAAACGCGGCCGUGGACCAGGACUGACCGGGACGCCUGGCCCCCGGGCGGCCUUAGACCAUUCUUUUCAAUGCUGAUCUGUGGUGCGGGCCUUCCGCCUCGAUGGACAUGGGCUGUCGGUCCUACCCGCCGCGAGAUUUUAUCGCCGUCGUGGAGGAUGUCGUUGACGUGCGCUUUGUGCGCAGGAAUAUACACGGUGGGUAUCUACAAA